GGGGGGGGGGGGGGGGGGAGCACAACAUUAAGACAUUGCAGGCUCUCCAUUUGUGCCAACUGUUGCCCAUUAUAUUGUGGAGUGAGGUAGGGGUGUUCAGCAUAGGAAAAAAAGAAAUGGAAGACGUGGCAUGGACUUUAGUUAGCACUGCCACCUUUUGUGUGCUAGAUUUUACUCCCAAGAAGCAUGGUUGGACCCUAGGCCUUCCAAGGAACAUUCUUCAUUGCAUCCCACAGACAGAACAUUGUGCAAACAGUAUUGCAACAGUUCUCUCCAAUUUACUCAAUAUCUGUGGAAUAGAGAGAGGGUUUGCUUCCAGUUCCCUUUGCUUUGAUGCUACUACCAGUGCUCAGCUGCCAGAGUGUAUCAUGCCUGUGAAGAGGAACCAGGCCCUGGUAUGAGGAAUUGGCAGUGUAAGGGUUCUGUCUAAUCCCAGAGUGAUUGUAGCAGACCAGCUCUGCACUGGUGCCAGCCACACAAGGGAAACAGAUGGAACAAAAGGACUGGAGACAAUCCCUGAGAUCUUUGUUUUCAUACCCACAGUGGUAUGAUGAAGCUGUAGGGAACACUGUGGUGCUUCACCUGGAGCCCAGCAGACCCACCACUGGCUCCAUCAUCGGGGUCGUAUCCUUGUGGCUUAACUCGGAUGUUACUUGGCAUGGGACUCAAGCUUUUGGCUGAAACAUCUCAGUUUCCUAAUCAGAUUGAUUAGUGCAUUACAUAAAUCUCAAUUUUAGAAUGUCUAAAACUUUAAGCCCUAAUUAUUUUUGGCUUUGAGAACUGCUGUUAUGAUCCAUUAUGCUAUUAAGAACCAAUUUUUUUUGUCAGACUUAAGCUUUAUUUUCUACUAAAGCAUGAUUGUGGAGAAACUUCAAAAAGGGGUUGGAAGGGAAUAAAGCCAAAUUGGUUAGAAGCCACAAAAAAACUUAAGGGUCAGCAAUGCUCUGUGCUUUAAGAAGGGUAACAGUGAUGCACAGAAUAUCUAUGAACCCAAGUGCACCCUGCCACUCUGAGGCAGCAUAAUUGUUUCAGAUUCCUGGUAUUAUUUAAUUAAAAAAAACAUGUUUUUGAUAGAGAAGUUAAGCAAUGUAAGGGUUACCUGGUUAUUAGCAUUUAGUUGAAAAUCAAGAGGCUGAUGUAGUAACCAAAGGCUAAGGACAAGUAUCGUGCCCCAAGUAGGUGAGCAUCUUCAACUUUUGACACUUGCUGCUCAGUUUAGUUAGAUGCCAUGUAACUGUCAAGUCAUGUAUUUUUAAAAGGGGAAGAGCUCUGAAAGAGUCACUUCUGUUAAAACCUCUUCUUGAUUUAUUGUGUGAAACUAUGUCAGAGAAAAUCAGUAAUUCAGACAGUACACAAAGGACCUCGUGACACCAGUGCCUGUAACAAAGAAUAGCUUAAAGAGGGCAUAGUGUGGGCAGAUGCUUAUGCAUGAACACUUUGGGAUGCUUGCAAGAUGAUUAAUUUCCAAGCUAAUCAUAAACAGGAAGAAUAAAUUUGUAACAUUUGUUAUGAAAUAUCUGAAAUGCAAACUGCGUUUAAGACAUUGCAGAGCAUAACCAUACACUGUUGCUAUAAGUGAAGUCCACGUGUCUCUGUGCAACAGAGAUGUUUGUGGGUUUUUUUCCAAGUUCUUCUCCAUCUUACAGAGACCAUAUAUAUAUAUAUAUAUAUAUAUAUAUAUAUAUUUCUUUUAAGUUAAUCAGACUAGCUCACAUCGCUUGCUGUUAAUCACUGGGAAAGCUCUAUUUGGCUAUAUGCAAGGUUAUAAAUGCUGUUUGAACAUCACAAUAACUUUUUUUUGCCUUGUUGCCAGAGGCCUGAGCUGCUUGGUAAUUUGUCUGACCUGGAUGUGAUAGAUAUCAUUGCUAGUGAACUUUUACUGAGCUCUCGAGAUGUCAUAGCUCUCUCCCUCCUUGCUCCAACCUUGCUUGUUUAUGAAGUCUUGAGCUGCUACAGAAUAACAGAGCCGCACAUUCAUAGAAUGGCUUGGGUUGGAGGGGACCUCAAAGAUCAUCUAGUUUGAACCCCCUCCUAUGGGCAAGAUUAUUAACCACUAAAUCAGAUACUACACCAGGUUUCCCAGGGCCUCAUCCAACCUGGCCUUGAACACCUCCAAGAAUAAAUUCCUACCUGGAUAAUCCUCCAGGGAUAAUUCCUACCUGCUUUGGUGCCUGAGCUCUUAGGACACAUGGGGCUUUCAGAGCGAUGUGGCCAGCCUGGAAAUGGCUCCAGCAUGUGGCCCCAGGGUCAAGUCUUGCAUGGUUCCUCUCUACCCAAAGAGAGCAACACCAGAGCUUGGAUCUUCAGAGUCCAAGGCCUUCUCCCUUUUCUCUUUGCCAUUAAAUCCUCACAAGUAUUUAGUCCCAUGUUUAAAGUGACUGCUUGCUCAACUUGUGGUGGAAAUGCUGUCAGGCUGUUCUGGUGAGGUUAAUUUCUUUUAUGUCAGUAUUAUAUCUCAAAAGGAGAAUAAUAUCUACCACCAAUGUUUAAACAAACUGCUUUGAGGAAAUUGCCUUCUUUAUGAAGCAUUUAGCCAGAAGUCUUUUCCUGUUCUUUGUUCUCCAUGAUACCGUAUAAAUAAAGAAAGGUUGGGUUUGAGUGCAGAGGUAAAUCCUGUAGUGUUUGCAGUGGUUUCCCUAGGCCCUCAUGGACAUGAGACCAUCCUGCUUGGCAGUGCACCCUGUGGCAUGAACCUGGACAUCCCUGUGCAUGUCUUCAGCAUAAUAAAGUUUGAAGCAAGAUACCAGCUACUGACCAUGUCAACAGAGUUCCAGGAUGCUCACCUUGCAGAGGUGAAACCUCUGGUGGAGAAGGAGGAGGCUAUCACUCGCCUCCUUCCAGACUUCGAUGUUCAGGAGCAAGAUGUGGAGACCAUGCAUGGCAUGGUCCAUGUCACCAUGUGUGGGACACCUAGAGGGAACAGACCUGCUAUCCUCACGUACCACGACAUUGGGCUGAAUCACAAAACUUGCUUCAAUCCUCUCUUCAACUUUGAGGAUAUGCAGGAAAUCACCCAGCACUUUGCAGUUUGCCACGUGGAUGCACCUGGUCAGCAGGAUGGGGCACCAUCUUUCCAAGCUGGGUACAUAUAUCCUUCCAUGGAUCAGCUGGCUGAAAUGCUUCCUGGAAUCCUGAAACAGUUUGGGCUGAAGAGCAUUAUUGGAAUGGGAACUGGAGCUGGUGCCUAUGUCCUGACCAGAUUUGCUUUAAACCACCCGGACAUGGUGGAGGGAUUGGUUCUUAUUAACAUAAACCCUUGUGCUGAAGGUUGGAUGGACUGGGCAGCGACAAAGAUUUCAGGUUGGACAAAUGCUUUACCAGACCUGGUCAUUUCACAUCUCUUUGGAAAGGAAGAGAUUCACAGCAACCAUGACCUGAUCCAUACUUACCGUCAGCAUAUUAUUAAUGAUAUGAAUCAAACCAACCUUCAUCUCUUUGUCAACUCUUAUAACAGUCGCCGAGACCUAGAGAUUGAGCGCCCUGUUCCUGGAUUAAAUGUUGUCACCCUUCAGUGCCCUGUGCUCCUGGUGGUCGGUGACAGCUCCCCAGCAGUGGAUGCUGUGGUUGAAUGCAAUUCAAAGCUGGACCCAACAAGAACAACACUUCUGAAGAUGGCAGACUGUGGUGGGCUCCCCCAAGUUUCCCAGCCUGCAAAGCUUGCGGAAGCUUUCAAAUACUUUGUUCAGGGAAUGGGAUACAUGCCCUCUGCUAGCAUGACCAGGCUGAUGAGGUCCCGCACCGCUUCUGGCUCCAGCGUAACCUCCUUGGAAGGACAGCGGAGCCGGUCCCACACUGGGGAAGGCACGAGGAGCCGGUCCCACACUGGGGAGGGAACUCGGAGCCGAUCCCACACUGGGGAGGGUUCCAGGAACCGCUCCCACACAGACACACGCAUCGAGCUGACGCCGAAUUCAGCCAGCAAUGCUGAGCAAUCAGGCCCCAAGUCCAUGGAAGUGUCCUGCUAAGCGUGUGCGGGAGGUUUAAACUGGUCACAGUUUGAAAAAAUAAAGGAUGCCCCUUGUGUAUCACAAAAACAUAACUGGUAUUAAUCUCAAGCUAUUCUGUAGGAUGAGCUCUGUUCUCCAGGGUCUGACGGGGACCAAAGAAAAGAAGCAUCUCAUUUGCUCUAUCGUUGCUCUUGUAACUCAGACAGUUGCUGCUAUUGUGCCCUCCUUCAGUGGAUGCCAAAUUCUAAAGGAAACUUGCCAAAAGCUGAUAUGGUUGUAAACACUUCAGAGUCAAAGCAGACUUGCUUAAUAUCCUUCUUCAAAAUUGAUUACGUGCCCCUUUAUCUCUAACUCACUUGAAGUAAACUGGCACAAUUUGAGAUGAGCUUCAAAGAGGGGGAGAAAAUCACUAUUAUGGAUGGCUUGUUUAAAAAAAAAAAAAAAAGGAAACAGAUGUGUUAUGGCCUCAUGUUGAAGCUGGAGUUGAAUGCAUUGUAUAUAGCUUGACUUCAAAUGAUAGAGAAGUUAAUGUAUCGUGCAUUUAUAGGCCUUCUAAUUCAUUAGUUUUCCUACAUAUAAUAAUAUUCUACUAAAAUAGACAAAUUUAAUGUGACUUUAAGAUUAACUAAAUCUUUAAGCUUUUUUUAUUUCACUUUUUUGAGAUCUAGUUCCAGUCUUCCUUUCUUUCCCCCUUUCUAGACCCUAAAAUCUGCUUAGCCAAGUGAGGACAGGAUUAAAUUUUAUAAGCAAGGAAGCAUCUCCUCUUUGGGAUCUUGGGCCAAAGGGUUUACAAUGCUGCAAAAGUUGGUGUAGUCUGAGCAAGUAGGGUAGCCGUACAUGCCAGGAAAGCAGAAGCAGCUUGAUUCUUACUUCAGACAGCUUCCUAUCUCUGCAGCUCAAGUUUUUGUGUCCAGCACAAUUGAAAGACAUUCAGAAUUCUGUAAGCACAGCCAGAUCCAGCUGUUCUUUGUCAGGAGAGAUGAAUAAGUGUGGAAUGGCAUGUAAUUAAAUGCUGUACAUUCAACUGUGGCUAAUUACUAGAUUUGAAACUGAGAUCUCACUGGUGCUGGGUAGCGUAUUAGAGAAAGUGAUGCAGCAACAGUACUGUAACUGCAAAAUACAGUGUUUAAUGACUGUGUAAAUGUAGUGAUCUGCUGGUUCUGCAUCUUUAAGUAGCUGCCCGAUACCUUGGGUUUCUUCUUUUGAUGUUGGUGGUUUGAUAUCUUUCUGCCAGUCAGAUUUUCACAGUUGGAUGUCCUUAAGUUUGUCCUUCACCAUGUCAUGGGAUGGGAUUUCCUGAGUCCCAGUGCAUACCUGCUGCAUUGCAGCCCUUGCAUAAACAAGAAAACUCAAAGACCGAGCAGUUAAAUAGCAGAUGUUAAUACUUUGGGAUUGCUUGUUCAAAAGAAUGCCAUCUAGGUUACUUUAUAUUGACUAACUCAGCUCUCAUGUAGAAUAUCCGUAAUGUUUUGUGGGAAGAGCAGACAAUUUCAAGAAAGAAUAAAGCUAUUGUGUAAAGUCUAUCAAGAAAAGUUUCUUAAUGAAGUAUUUGUAUUUAUUUCAAAACAAAUAAAUUUGUAACUUUGCAA